AUGACAAGUGACGAGGAAAGACAUGAGAGAGGUAAAGCGAAUGGCGCAAGCGCCGGUAUGACCAAGAGAAGGAGGGGAAGGCCGCGCAAAUUCAAAAGUACAAAUUCAGCGAGUAAAAGAGACUACGGUAUGAAAAAUGGAGCGUUAGAAAAAUUUGUGUUUAGUCAGAUGGAUAUAAUAAAGGCAAAAGCAAAAGAGGUAGAAAACACAGACAACAUAAAUGAGGUAGGAACAGACUGGUGCAGAGCCGGAUUUCAGCUAGCGAGAACACCGGCAAGAAACAGUAGAGGAAGUCUGCAAGUUGAGAAGGACAGUAAUGAAGAGGCGAAAGAGUUAGAUAAAAUCGAGACAAUCAAUGAUAGGAAAGACAAACAGAAAGAUGAAGUGGGAAAAAAGACAAGAGAACAAGCAACGCAGACUGAAAUGUCAAAUUGGAGCCAAAAGCAGAAAAUGAAGGAUAGUGAAAAAAAUUCAGAGGAAAAGAUGUGGCAAUUGAUCGCAGAGAUAGAAGACAGGGUAAAAACAAAAGUUAAAGAAUUGAUAAUGAAAUCAAUGGAAGAAAUAAAGGCAUGUACAAGACAAGAAACCUCGAAGAUAGGGGCCCAAAUAAUUAGGAGCAAAUGUAGAGAAGACCAAGUGGAAAAGGAAAGAAGACACAGACAGGAAAUAGAAAGAUUAGAGAAGGAAAUUGGUAAAAGAGAACAAAGCAUAAAGGAAAAGGACAGAGUAAUUAAAGAGCUAAGUGAAAAAAUAAAAAAGGAGAAAGAAAGUAUGAAUGAGGUAGAAAAAGCUGCCACAAUGAUGGAAGAAAACGAGAUUGUUGUGCUAGUGGAGACAUGGGUAAUGGAAGAUAAGGUGGAAAUAACAUGUGAGAGGCUGAGCAAAGAAUUCAAAUGGUGGGCGAAGCCUGCGACGAGAGAGAAACAGAGAGGAAGAGCAAAGGGAGGUCAUAUUAUUGGGAUAAAAAAAAAUUGCAAAUUAAAAUGGGAAGUCAGGGAAUGGAAAUACGGAAUGAUGUUGGAAGAAAGUAAGGAAAGUGAAAGUAUAAUCACAGUGUAUAACAAUGUAGGAAUGAGCAAAUUAGAAACGGAGCUAAGAAGGCAGAUAGAAGAAUGUGCAAACAGGGACGAAAGUGUGAUGAUCAUUGGGGACUUUAAUGCGAGAAUCGGAGAAGAAAACGUAACAGGAGAGGACGAAGGCAGAGUGAGGAAAAAAAGAAAAUCGAGAGACAAGACAGUAAACAGCGAAGGAAAAAAAUUACUAAAGAUGUGUGAUGAGUUAGGACUUUGCGUAUGGAAUGGUAGAGCAAGAGGAGAUGAAGGUGGGGAAAUAACUUACGUCGGGGGAGACGAAGAGAGUUUAGGAUCAGUAAUUGACCUAAUACUAACGCUGGACAGAGGCGAUGAGCAAGAAAUAGAGGUAAGAGUGGUGGAAAGAAUAGAGUCAGAUCAUCUACCAGUGUUGGCGAGAUAUAAGGUAAAGAGAAAUGAGGAAGAGAGUAAGGAAGGAAGCUGCAUGUCAGAGGAGGAAGAGCAGGAAGAAAUUGGAGCAAAUAAGCUGAUCUGGAAGAAAGAAAAAAUACAGGAGUAUGCAGAAGCAACGCAGGAAGCACUGACAGAAGCAGUAGAGGAAAAAAACGAGCUUAAGUGGGAGGAUAUAAAGGAAAUAGUAAGAAAAGGGGCUGAAAAAACGGGGAUGGUGAUGAAAGGAAAGAAGGACAAAGAUACAAAGGAGAAAAAAAAGUGGUACAAUAUCGAGGGUAAAAAAAAAGAAAAAAAGUUCAGAGGAAGAAAGAAAAGAGCUGCAAGCAACAGCAUAAAAGCAAAACAAUGGGAAAAGCACUUUAGUGAUCUGCUGAAUGGGGAAGGCAAUGAAGAAUCGGAAGAAGAAGAAAAUGAGCCGUGGAAAGGAGAAGGUAGUAAUGAAGGAUCAGAGGAGCCGAAGCUCGAUAAAAACUUCAGCAGGAGAGAAGUGAAAGCCGCAAUAAGAAAGCUCGGGAAUCACAAAGCUCCAGGGGAAGACGAGAUGGCAGCAGAAUUUAUAAAGAACAGUGCACCAGAUGUCAUUGAAUGGAUAGGCGAAAUUAUAAAUAGAAUAUGGGACGAAGGAAGUAUGCCAGAAUGA